AUGGACCUCGACGAGCUCCUGCCGGACGAGAAGACUACUGACAAGAAGAAUACCGACAAGAAGAAGAAUACCGACAAGAAGAAGGCCGUCAAGAAGGCCGUCAAGAAGAAUACCGACAAGAAGAAGAAAAGCAGACGUGAUCCGUCACCGUGCUCGUCUUCUUCAUCCUCCGAGGGGGCCGUGCUCUUGCGCCUGGGGACGUUCUUCAGCGGGCUGGAAACUCCAUCGGUCGCCUUGAACCAGAUCGGCCUGCCACACAAGUUAGAGUUUGCGAUUGAGCUAGAGGACUGCCUGCGGACCCUCAUCUACCAGACGUGGCACCCCACGGAGCUGCACUCGGAUGUGAAUUCUGUCGACAUGAAGGCUUUGCCCGACGUCGACAUCGCUGUUGGGGGAGCUCCGUGCCAGCCAUUUGCCAAGGGUGGCUCAUUGAAAGGCAUGGAGGAUCCACGGGGGCGUCUCGUCUACAAGAUGGUCGAGUACGUGGAGGCCAAGGCCAAGGCUAAUCUUCCAUUGCCGCGCGCCCUCCUCAUGGAGCAGUCCAAGACCUUGAAGAACAAGUGGAGCGACGUUUACGACAACAUCAAAUCUCGUCUUACCAAGCUAGGCUACCGCUUCAAGUCGACCUUCGUCAAUACCAACCUCCAUGGAAUACCCCAAUCACGCGAACGGCUUUACAUGGUGGCCUACUUCAAGGUGCACAAGUUCCACUUUCCCGAGGAGUUGAAGACAACCAUUCCCAUUGAGAAGAUGUUGCACCCGAUGUGGCAGACCGACUUGAAGACCACGCUUGUCCCAACAAACGCAGUGGCGCGGAUUGACCAGGCCCGCAAGGAAGCGGCGGACAGCGGCUACAACCCCGACGUCGACACCGUCUUCGUCGACCUAGACUCGUCAGAGCGUUUCUGGAGUUGGAAGGUUGAUGAGAGCAUGACGUUGACGAGAAGGCGAUGUGAGGGUGGCGGCUGGUUCAUGACGAACCGCGGUCGCCGGCAGACUGUCCGUGAGAUGCUCGCGAUGCAAGGGAUCGUCCCGCGUAGUCUGGGGGGCACAACUUGCAUGUCUAGGACGGCGCUGCUGUCUGCGAUCGGCAAUGCCAUGUCAGUCAACGUACUGGAGCGGAUCCUGCCCCGCAUCGCCUGGUCCAUCGGUAAGCUGCCCCAGAAGAUGCACGACGUCUGGGAUGAUGAGUCCUGGGCGCUGAGGGGAGGCCGUUUCAAUGACGAGUCAUCGUGGUUUCUCUGAGUGAGGGCUGGCGAUUCCAAUAUGUUGCUAGGGCAGUGGCUAAGUACAGGAGGAAGUAUGCA